AUGCUUAAUACGCGAGGACCGAAACAGCGCAGACGUUUACUCUUAGCGAGCGUGGUUAAAAGCCAAAUACUGUAUGCGGCCCCAAUUUGGUCAAACGCGGCACAGUGUCCAGCCUACUUCCGCGGAGUCAACUCAACAUACCGUUUAUGCGCGCUCCGAGUUUGCAGCGCCUUCAGAACAGUGUCGGACGAAGCAGCUUUCAUAAUCGCCAGUAUGAUACCCGUAGAUAUACUGGCGAGAGAAUCGACGGUCCUUGCAUCCACACCGCGUAGUCUAACUCAAUUAGACCGACGCCAAGCCCGGGAAAGCAGCAUUACGGAGUGGCAAAACAAGUGCAAUAGUACGAUUAAAAGUCGUUGGACCUAUCGCUGCAUACCAAAUCUGGUAUCCUGGCUUGAUAGAAUGCAUGGCGAAGUAGAUUUUUAUCUUAGUCAGUUCUUUAGUGGUCAUGGCUGUUUUAAGGCAUACCUAUUUAAAUUCAAACAUGAGCACGACCCGUACUGCGACUUCUGUCGAAAUGGCGUGGAAGAAGAUGUGCACCACGUAUUCUUUGAGUGCCCUUGA